GAAUCGCUCCACUUCAUAGACAGGAAGUAAUUCGGGUUGUUGUCCUUUACCUUCGUUUUUUAAUAUCAAACUCCACGUUCAAGAUGUCUUAACACGAAUUCCCCGAUCUAAAUAACACAAGAUCACGUGACACGUCCAGUGUUGUGAUUUAGUUUAGUCAAAGUUAAUAAAAGUCACUUUUUAGGUCAACAUUACAUCAGAUAUGUCUCCUCUGGUAGGCGCUGAGCUCGCGCGCACGCCGACGCAGUUGUACCGAUAUUUGCUGCGCUGCUGUAGACUGCUGCCAUCAACUGCCAUGCAAACACACUAUAAACAUGCCAUCAGACAGAGCUACAAUAGUCAUGCAGACGAGGACGACCCUGAGAGGAUUCAGAUGAUGAUUCAAAGAGCUAUAUCUGAUGCAGACUGGAUAUUAAAUAAAUACACUAAAAAGAAAUGACCACCGUGGAGGAAUAGUGGAGAGUGAUAAAAGGUGCUGCAGACAGGAUGGAUGAUGGAAAGGCAUACACACACACAGAUCGACAAAUCUGCUUACAUACAAUAAAAAGAAGUGCAACAAAUA